CUAAAGACCUUUGGGGACGCUGUUUCUUGUAAAUGUCAACUACUUCCGCGGGAAAGAACGCGCAGGCACUUGGCCGUGUGGGCACUCACUUGCCCCGGAAGUAGUGUUGCGUUAGCGCCUCACCUUCCGGGGCGGAUUGUCUGUCGUUGCAGUAGCGGUAGGAAGGGGAGGCCAUUUUCCGUUUCUGGGAGGAGUGCGGGGCAACGGGUCGGAGAAAAAGGUAAAAAGAAGGGCUCAGCGCCUCCCCGCCGGGCCGUCGACAGAGGGGCACAGUUUCGGCAGGCGGGUGAGGUCGCUGAGGGCCCGCAGGAGAUGUUUUCCUUGUCGAGCACGGUGCAACCCCAGGUUACAGUUCCUCUGAGUCAUCUCAUCAAUGCCUUCCAUACACCAAAAAACACUUCUGUUUCUCUCAGUGGAGUGUCAGUUUCUCAAAAACAGCAUCGAGAUGUAGUUCCUGAGCAUGAGGCUCCCAGCAGUGAGCCUUUGCUUAACUUAAGAGACCUUGGAUUAUCUGAAUUAAAAAUUGGACAGAUUGAUCAGCUGGUAGAAAAUCUACUUCCUGGAUUUUGUAAAGGCAAAAACAUUUCUUCCCAUUGGCAUACGUCCCAUGUCUCUGCACAGUCCUUCUUUGAAAAUAAAUAUGGUAACUUAGAUAUAUUUAGUACGUUACGUUCCUCUUGCUUGUAUCGAAAACAACAUUCAAGAGCUCUUCAAAACAUUUGUUCAGAUCUUCAGUACUGGCCAGUUUUCAUACAGUCUCGGGGUUUUAAAACUUUGAAAUCAAGGACACGACGUCUCCAGUCCACCUCCGAAAGAUUAGCUGAAACACAGAAUAUAGCGCCAUCAUUCGUGAAGGGGUUUCUUUUGCGGGACAGAGGAUCAGAUGUUGAGAGUUUGGACAAACUCAUGAAAACCAAAAACAUACCUGAAGCUCACCAAGAUGCAUUUAAAACUGGUUUUGCGGAAGGUUUUCUGAAAGCUCAAGCACUCACACAAAAAACCAAUGAUUCCCUAAGGCGAACCCGUCUGAUUCUCUUCAUUCUGCUGCUAUUCGGCAUUUAUGGACUUUUAAAAAAUCCAUUUUUAUCUGUCCGCUUCCGGACGACAACAGGGCUUGAUUCUGCAGUAGAUCCUGUCCAGAUGAAAAAUGUCACCUUUGAACAUGUUAAAGGCGUGGAGGAGGCUAAACAAGAAUUACAGGAAGUUGUUGAAUUCUUGAAAAACCCACAAAAAUUUACUAUUCUUGGAGGUAAACUUCCAAAAGGAAUUCUUUUAGUUGGACCCCCAGGGACUGGAAAGACACUGCUUGCCCGAGCUGUAGCAGGAGAAGCUGACGUUCCUUUUUAUUAUGCUUCUGGAUCCGAAUUUGAUGAGAUGUUUGUGGGUGUGGGAGCCAGCCGUAUCAGAAAUCUUUUUAGGGAAGCAAAAGCGAAUGCUCCUUGUGUUAUAUUUAUUGAUGAAUUAGAUUCUGUUGGUGGGAAGAGAAUUGAAUCUCCAAUGCAUCCAUAUUCAAGGCAGACCAUAAAUCAACUUCUUGCUGAAAUGGAUGGUUUUAAACCCAAUGAAGGAGUUAUUAUAAUAGGAGCCACAAACUUCCCAGAGGCAUUAGAUAAUGCCUUAAUACGUCCUGGUCGUUUUGACAUGCAAGUUACAGUUCCAAGGCCAGAUGUAAAAGGUCGAACAGAAAUUUUGAAAUGGUAUCUCAAUAAAAUAAAGUUUGAUCAAUCCGUUGAUCCAGAAAUUAUAGCUCGAGGUACUGUUGGCUUUUCUGGAGCAGAGUUGGAGAAUCUUGUGAACCAGGCUGCAUUAAAAGCAGCUGUUGAUGGAAAAGAAAUGGUUACCAUGAAGGAGCUGGAGUUUUCCAAAGACAAAAUUCUAAUGGGGCCUGAAAGAAGAAGUGUGGAAAUUGAUAACAAAAACAAAACCAUCACAGCAUAUCAUGAAUCUGGUCAUGCCAUUAUUGCAUAUUACACAAAAGAUGCAAUGCCUAUCAACAAAGCUACAAUCAUGCCCCGGGGACCAACACUUGGACACGUGUCCCUGUUACCUGAGAAUGACAGAUGGAAUGAAACUAGAGCCCAGCUGCUUGCACAAAUGGAUGUUAGUAUGGGAGGAAGAGUGGCAGAGGAGCUUAUAUUUGGAACUGACCAUAUUACAACAGGUGCUUCCAGUGAUUUUGAUAAUGCCACUAAAAUAGCAAAGCGGAUGGUUACCAAAUUUGGAAUGAGUGAAAAGCUUGGAGUUAUGACCUACAGUGAUACAGGGAAACUAAGUCCAGAAACCCAAUCUGCCAUUGAACAAGAAAUAAGAAUCCUUCUAAGGGACUCAUAUGAACGAGCAAAACAUAUCUUGAAAACUCAUGCAAAGGAGCAUAAGAAUCUUGCAGAAGCUUUAUUGACCUAUGAGACUUUGGAUGCCAAAGAGAUUCAAAUUGUUCUUGAGGGGAAAAAGUUGGAAGUGAGAUGAUAACUCUCUUGAUAUGGAUGCUUGCUGGUUUUACUGCAAGAAUAUAAGUAGCAUUGCAGUAGUCUACUUUUGCAACACUUUCCCCUCAUUCUUGACGUGGUGUAAUUGAAGGGUGUGAAAUGCUUUGUCAAUCAUUUGUCACAUUUAUCCAGUUUUGGUUAUUCUCAUUAUGACACCUAAUGCAAAUUAGCAUCCCAUGGCAAAUAUAUUUUGAAAAAAUAAAGAACUAUCAGGAUUUAAAACA